AUGGCCAAACAUACCAAGAAGGUUAGAAUUGUUGGAAAAUAUGGUACCAGUUAUGAUGCUUCCCGCAUGAAAGUGGUCAAGGCAAUUGAUAUUAGCCAGCAUACUAAGCAUACCCACUCUUUUUGUGGGAAGACUAAGAAGAGGAAAAAAGCAGUGGGUAUCUGGCAUUGUGGAUCUUGUAUGAAGACUGUUGUUGGUGAGGUGUGGUUAUACAACACAUCUUUUGCAGUCACAGUGAAACCUGCGAUCAGACGAUUGACGCAAUUAAAAGAUCAGAGAAAUCUUUUAGCCUAUAUGUCUAGUCAAUAA